AUGUUGAGUGUUGCACUGUCAACAUAUGUGGUGAGCAGUACCCAUGACAGUCUUAAGAACAAACAGGGAUUGCCUUUGUUGAAUCAAAUUGUUAGCUGGAUGACUCUAGUUUCUUCUUUGGUGAUGCCAUUACUGAGCCCCACAUUUCUCUUCCAGCGACUGUUCAGCAUAUUGCUCUCCCUGAUGUCUACCUACCUGCUCCUCAGCACAGGGUACGAAGCUCUGUUUCCACUGGUGCUAUCUGGUUUGAUGUUUGUGUGGAUAAACAUGGAGCAAGAAGCACUGCAGCACUAUGGCCUUUCACUCAAACCAAAGCUUGCAGGUUUCGACUUUGCCUAUGCUACUGAUAUAACUCAGUUUCGACAGCUUCACCUAGAUGACGUCCGCAGGUCUUUCUUCUUCGUUUUCUUCAUAGUGACGGCCUUUUUUGGCACUGGAAAUAUAGCUUCUGUUAACAGUUUUGAUCCUGCCUCUGUCUAUUGUUUCUUGACUUUGUUCAGUCCUUUCAUAAUGGGAGGCUUGCUUAUGCUGAAGGUUGUAAUCCCAUUUGUUCUGGUAUCAUGUGCUUUCGAAGCUGUUCAAGUCACAGCACAACUAUCUUCUAAGAGCCUUUUCCUCAUUGUUCUUGUGAUUUCAGACAUUAUGGCUUUGCAUUUUUUCUUCUUGGUUAAAGAUUAUGGAAGCUGGCUGGAUAUUGGAACAAGACUCGAUGCGGGUGCACUCGAUGCCAUUGUCCAUGUCACUGACAAAGAUGAUAAAGAGCACUGGACCCAGAACAGAACCCUGAGGAACUCCGCUUGUCACUGGUCUCCUUGUGGUCAUGGAGCCAUUGACCACAACUCUUUGAGUACGACCAUCAUUGUACCAUACCUCAUGUCUGCUUUAACAACAUGA